GAGUCCCCAAGUACCUUCGUACUUUGGUCGCAAUCAACACGCUUCUGCCCUCAGUGCCCUCCGAUCGAUAACCUUAGUCCCCUGCUCCUGGCGCAGAUAAACUUUCAGGUCGCCCAAGCCCAGGCGGCCCAGGACCUCACCUCCCCGCCCUUCCCCACACGAGAAAAAUGGCCGAGCCGAUCCGACAUUCUUGAUCCGGCAACGCAUUGGACACAACCUUCAGCACAGCGCCAUCUGCUUCUACCCAUACUCUCCCUAUAUGUCUCAUUGAUUGAACGUCUCGCCGGCACGAAAGGCGGGUACCCAAUCACUAGCGGCUGACAACUCGCCCAUGCCUAUGCGCCCGCAUAUUCCGCGCAUCUGGCAUCCCUACUUUGUGAAGAUGGCGACAGACAAGGUCCUUGACGGCGUCUUCGCCAUCAACAAGCCCAUGGGUAUGAGUUCCGCUCAGGUUAUCCGCGACUGCCAAAACUUCUUCAACCCUUCAACGCUGUUUGCGCCGAUGAUACAACAGGAGAAGAUUGCCCGAGAGAAGGAAUCGCGAUACCAAAAGCGGCGGCGUGGCAAGGCAAAACAGGAGAUUAGGGUAAAGAUGGGCCAUGGCGGCACCCUCGACCCGCUGGCCACGGGCGUCCUCAUCCUCGGCGUGGGCAAGGGCACCAAGUCACUGCAGAAUUUCCUGACCUGCACCAAGACGUAUGAGGCUGUCGUCCUCUUCGGCGCCAGCACCGACUCAUACGACCGAACAGGGCGCAUCAUCAAAAGGGGCAAGUACGACGAGGUCACCCGUCUGGCCACGGAAAAGGCGCUCGAGAGCUUCCGCGGCAAGUACAAGCAGAUGCCGCCGCUCUAUUCGGCGUUGAAGAUGGAGGGGAAGCCGCUCUACGAGUACGCGCGCGAGGGCAAGCCGAUUCCCCGCGAGAUUGAGACGAGAGACGUCGAAGUGACGGAGCUUGAACUCAUCGAGUGGUACGAGCCCGGCACACACAACCACCGCUGGCCCGCCGAAGAAGCCGAACAAGCCGAGAAGAACCUGGUUGACUCCGUCUGGCGCGUAGCGAAGCGGCAGGCCGCAUUAGAGGAGGAGCCCAGUAAGCUGACGCCGGAACAGGAACAGGAGGAGACCAAGGCACUAGCCGAGUAUAAUAUCAAGAAGCGGGAGGCCGAGGAGGCUGUAGACGCACUGGUCAGCGAGGAGCAGCCCUCGGCGAAGCGCAAAAAAGCAAGCGAUGGCCGCGCAGAGCCCAUGAUGUCCGGCGCGCUGGGCCACCUGCCUCCAGCGGGGCGAGGCUCGAAUCUCAUUCCUCCGCCUCCGGCCCCGAACACGCCGCCACCUUGGGAAGGCAAGGGCCCUCCCGCGGCCAAGAUCCGCAUGACUGUGACGUCGGGCUUUUAUGUUCGCACUUUAUGCCACGACCUUGGGGAGAAGCUAGGCUGUGGUGCCAUGAUGGCGGAGCUAAGCCGCACCCGACAGGGUGACUUUGCCCUGGGCAGUGCCAAUUGUAUGGAGUACGACGAUCUCCUAAAGGGAGAAGAAGUGUGGGCCCCUAAGGUGCAGAGGAUGUUGGAGCUGUGGAAUAACCCGCACUCCAAGGUGCCGGCGCCCGAGAGCAAGGAAGAUUCAAGUACACAGAAGCAGCCAAAGGACGAGGGUCAAGUGGCGCAGUCUACACCUCAGCCGGACGCAAGCACGUCAACCGACGGUGCAGAUACGGUAGAGGAUACCAAGGAAGCCGUAGCCGUGACCGCAUAAAAGCUUCUGGGGCGGUCUUCCAGAAAGGUGACCGUUCUGGCUUGGGAACCAGAGAACCACGUAUCAGAAGAAGAAUAGUUUCGGUGCCGAUUGACACCAGGGCAGAGCUGGUUGAUCCAAGUAGCGACUGCACUUGCAUAGGAUUAUGGGAAGCCACACGCAAGAUAGACAGCCUUCUUCGUUGGAACCAAAAACAAAUCCAAUUCCAACCAUCAUUAUCGUCUAUCCAAUGAAGUUCCCGAUAUGC